AUGCGUUCUCUUCAGAUGAAAGACUUUCUCGAGCCAGCAGGGCCUUUUCCUCCAUCAGCGGUUCUUUCCUUCCUUCCUCAAGAAAUCCUCAAUUGCAUAAUCCAGGGAGGCUUUGCAACUUCAGAUGUCAACCUGGAGAGUUUCUGGCCUCACGACCCCUCCGGGUCUUUCAUGAUCAAAUACGAAGCUAGGCACGGCCAGAGUCCCAUGACAGCUUCUAUCUCUAUAGCCCGAGUUAUUUGGUGGAGCAAAAUGGUUUUAGGUGACAGGCCUGUGCUCCACCCCCGUCGGGAGCACCUCAGAUUGGGAACACCUGUCACAGCCAUCCCUCAUCAGAAUCUCGAAACCAAUAUUAUCAAGUGGAGCAGGCUAGCGAGUGGUUGGGUCAAGUUGAACGUCGAUGGCUCCUCAAAGGGUAACCCGGGCUUAUCGGGAGGGGGAGGGAUCUGUAGGGGUGACAAUGGCUACUUCAUCUUUGCUUUUUCGUCCGGAUAUGGUACGGGGACUAACAAUAGAGUCGAGAUGCGUGCCAUAUUCAACGGCCUUACUCUCUGCUUGGAGAAGGGGCUAGAUAGAAUUGAGAUCGAAUCUGACUCGAAACUGGUUAUCGAUCUCCUCUCGGGUAAGCCCCACACCCCUUGGCUCUGGAGAUACUGGAUCUCUCGGAUCAACAAGUUGAGACAGGGGGGCACCUCCUCCCUCAGGCUCAUUCAUAGGGAAGGAAAUGGUCCGGUUGACUGCAUGGCCCGAGAAGGGAGCAACAACCAGACCGUCUCGGUGAUCGACUAUCUGGGCAACCUCCGUGACGCGGUUCGUGGACUCCUCUUCUUAGAUAAGGUCGGUCUGGGAGCUGUUAGGAGAUCUCAUGUGGGCAAGUAA